AUGACAUCAAAUAUUAUAAUAUUAUUAGGUGGUGGCCAUGCUUCAGGAAAGAAAACUACUGCAUUAUCAUUAAAACAUGAACUAGGGAAAACAUUAACAAAGAAAAUUGAAGUUUUAAUAAUUGAUAUGAACGAAUUUAAAUUUGAUAAUUUUACUAAAAAUUCAAUUGAUUCAAGUAUGUUUAAUUCAAAAUCAUCAGCAAUUACAAUAAAUAAUAAUCAAAACCAAUUUCCAAAACUAAUACCAUCUAGAUUUAAAUUCGAUGAAUUGAAGCUGUAUAUAAAGUGUCAAGAAGGUGGUAAUCAGAAAAUUUUAAUCGUACAUGGUUUAUACGCAUUAUACGAUAAAGAAUUAAGAAAUAUGUCUCAUAUUAAAGUUUUUAUAGACUCAGAUCCUGAUACUAGAUUAAUACGGUGGAUUAGACGUGAUGUUUUAAAUGAACAAAUAGAUACUUUAGAAGGUGUUAUAAAUGCUUAUUUACUCGGGGCAAGAUCAGAAAUGUCAGAUUUUAUAUUUCCAACGAAAGAAUUUGCUGAUGUUAUAAUGCCUAGAGGUGCUGAAAAUAAUGCAAUUAAUUUAAUAAUUGAUGGUAUAAUGUCAAUGUCAAAUUUAAAUGAACCAAUGCACUUACCAGAAAAUUAUUUAAGACCUCAUGAAUUUGGUAAUUUUAGAAGUGAAGUAUUUGAUGUACAAAAAAAUACAUUUUAUGAUUUAAAUUGA